AUGAAUCAACCUAUAAAUCAAGUAAUUGGAGGUCAACCUUUAGCACCUCAAAACGUCAAUAUUCCUGUAAAUCAAGUAAUUGGAGGUCAACCUUUAGCACCCCAAAACGCCAAUAUUCCUGUAAAUCAAGUAAUUGGAGGUCAACCUUUAGCACCUAAUAUUCCUGUAACUGCCGAACAAAUGUAUGAUAUUACUAAAGGUGCAGAUCCGUUUUCUAGUAAUGCUAGAGAACAAGAAGCAGAAAAUCAGGCAAACUUUUAA